ACGAGUCAUAGCUGGUUUUUUAAGUCACAGCCCCUGCGAAAGCGCCAAUCUUUAUCUUCCUAGUCAAAGAAAUGGCUUCGAUGAGAAGCAGCAGGACCAAGAAGCCUGUGAAGAACCCCACUUCUUUCAACUUCCAAACCCUAAUCUCCUCCCUUUCUUCUCCUCAGGGUCUAAAACCAGAAACAAUGGAAGGCUUGUAUUUGCUUCUGCUUACUUUAUGCUGCUCUGAUUCUGAAUCCAAUUUGAAUUUCUCGGAAACCCAACUCAGUUUCAACGAGUUCAAACUCAAGUUCAAAGAUGUUCAUCAAAUGUCGGAUGUCUUGUUCUGUAAACUCAGUGCCAGGUUCGAUGAAUUGUUCUCUGCUUUGAAUGAUGUUUCUGCCCACUCCGUUCAGCACUCGCAUUCUAUUUUCCAUGUCAAUGUUAAAGCUGCCAUUAAAGAGCUAACCUUGCUUUUGAGAUGCUGCAUUGUUGUUUUCAAAUUGCUUCUGUUGGAUCAGAGGCUUCUUGUCGAAAAAGGUCGAAUUCUUUUAGGGAUACUAAGGAAAUGUGUGUCUGUGGAGUUAAACGGAGAGAAUGAGAAACCUUGUAGUAGUUUCGAGAAGGAGGUUUCGUGUGAAUGUAUGUAUGUCGGGAAUGGCAGCGCUACUCUUCUUACUGAGCACUUGGUUACUUCCGUAACUUCCUUAAGUUUCACGGAACUUUCUAAUCCAUUUCAGGCCAUUUUAUGUGCCGUGCUUGAGGUAUUUGCAGAUGAGCUUCUGAUGCAUGAACCAGUGAGGCAGUACCUUUUACUUGUUGACUCUCUCUCGUGCGGGAAUGAAUUUGUAUUCAUACGUCACUUUGGCCAUGGUAAUAUUGGAAGUGUGCUGGAGGUUCUUUCUGCUCACUUUAUAGUCUCCAUUUCUGAUGACCAAGUAUUUAAGAAUUUCCUUAAUAGAUUAUUUUGGCUUCCUGACAAUAACUUCAGAGUUCCUGAAAUGACUUUGACUACAGUCUUGUCAUUGUUGCUUAACCCAGUCAUAUUGUCUGCGCCCAAAAUGUUUCAGGCAUACCUGAUUUUAUUGGUUUCCGAGGUCAUUGGAAUUAGCAUGUCUUCUGAGUAUUUGAUUCCAAGCGGUGAACUGAGAGCAUACCUAUCGGCAUUUGAAAGGUCUGUUGCCUUGUACACCAGACACAUGUCCAAUUUGCAAAUGAAAGGCUACUCCAUAGUCGACAAUUAUUCUUUUGUGAAAUCACAUUUUCGUGCAAGUUACAGUCAGAUGGAUUUUGAGUCUUGUCUUAUGCCAGCUACAAAAGAGAAAAUUCAUAAUUUGAUCACAAAAUCUGAUAACUUAUGCAAUUCAUAUUUAAGCAGUACUUUACUAAAAGAAAGGUCUGAGCUGGUUGCUGCGUCUGUUGCAUACACAAAAGAGAGCCUUCAUAUCGUUGAGGAAUCCUGUAGAGAUGAAAUUCUAUCAAUCAUAAGCUGUAUUACACUAAGGGGUUCUUCUGAUGAUAUUGAUGACACUCUACUGCAUAAAAAGGAAGACACUAGCCCUCAAGAUAUUUGUCUUCUUGCAUCCAUUUUGAAGCUAAUGAGUUCUGCAAUGUUACAAGCUAUAAGGAUUCUAACACAAGGCAGAAAUUCAGGGUCAUUGAAAACAUUGGAAAAUGUUGCAUUAAGUAAGGAGUACGAUUUUUUGGCCUCUACUUUUAAUUGUUUUGAACAGUUCGGUAUACGUCUACCAGUUCAAAAGUUCUUACAUGACAUGAUGGAAAUUCAGCCAACAAGGCAUAAGAAGUCGAAGUGGAUGUUUUUUCAUUUGUCAGGCUUGUUGUCACUGAGUUAUGCUAGUGGACUUGAUUUUCUAGUUAAGAACUGCAUAUUUACAUUGGUAAUACUGUUGAAAUUAUUUGUUUACGAAGCGGGAGAUCUACAUGCAUUCAGAUCCAUAUUAGAUUCAAGGAUAAAAUCUCCAUUACGUGAAUCUCAUUUUGAAGUCAGAAAACCAGAACCUUCCCAUAAUGCUAGAGAGUUGCUUGCGGAUCGGAAAUCUAGCCAUGCCGUUGCACUAAAAUUUCAGAAAAUUCAGACACUGUACUUGGGUUGCAGAACUAGAUCUCAAACAAGCUCUAAAAACAGAGGUCAAGAGCAGGAACCAGGAAGUUCCGAAAAAAACCAUAUGCUGAAUCAUGUUGAAUCAGCUCUCAGCAUAGAAGAGAAUACCGUGGAAACUUGUAAUGGUGAGAUUUUUCUCCAAUGCGUAUUAGAAGGCUCCCGGGACUCAUCUGCCGUUGCAGACUUAGCAGACUUCAUAGAGUGCAAGCAAGGAAAAGAUUAUUCCAAUUGGCUGCGGGGUCGAGAAAGAUAUAGACGAUGGAAAUCCAAGAAAUUGGCAAACGUGAGGUGGAAGAAAAAGAGAAGAGCUUUUCAGAAGAAAGCAUAAGUUAUCCCUAUUUUUGAUGUUGGGGUUUGGCUUAAAAGGCUUAAUGCCGCAAAAUGUAGAUGAAGUCAGAUAUUCGCAAAUAUUAUAUUCACUAUUUAGGGUAGAUAGAGCGGAUGAGUUGACUAUCGGAUUUUUGUGUAAAAUGUAGAUAUUUACGCUUAUGAAGAGAAUCUAACAUUGGCUAUGAUUAAGCAUUAAAGACUAUGAAGAGAGCUUACCUUA